AUGAUAUAAUUUGAUAACUUUGGCAAUCUAUAAAAUUUUUUAAAAUCUUCUCUAAAAUCCCAUUUAGCUCUCAAUAUUAAUCUUUAUGGAAAUUAAAUAAGUAACGAAGUUACAUCAGGCCUAGGUCCAGCUUUAGCAAAAUGCACUAAUCUCGCAUAUUUGACACUUGAAUUCUUUGGAAAUUAAUUAUGUGAUGAAUGUUUAUCAAGCUUAGGUUCAGUUUUAGGAAAGUGUACAAACCUCUCGAAUUUGACACUUUUUCUAGGUAAAUGUUAAAUUGGUGCAACCGGUGUAUAAUGCUUAGGUGAUGCUUUAGCUAAGUGCAUUAACCUCUCAAGUUUGAAUCUUGAUCUCUAUGGAAAUUAAAUUGGUUCAAUUGGUGCAUCAAACUUAGGUUUUACCCUAGCAAAGUGCACUAACCUCACAAGUUUGACACUUUAUCUAGGAUUAAACAAAAUCUAAGAAUCAGAAGUAUUGAAAGUAAAGAGCAAGUAUCUUAAAUCAAAAAGAUUAGUUCAUUUUUAUAUAAAUUUCUAUUGA